AUUUUGAGACUGUGUUUGACGAUGCACCCAUGAACAAGGAUUUCUUUCCGUUCCUUUUACUAAUAUAUAUGUAGGUACAUGUUCUCGAGCAUAACUAUGCACAUUUAUUUUCAUUUGACUACUAAAAUGAAGUUCAUUUUUAAGUAUAAUCCUACUUAUGUUAUAUUUCUAUUUGCAAUAGACAAAUUUUCUGCUAGUGUGAAAUGGUGUUUUUCGAAUUAGUGUCAGAUUGGUGCUGUUGUCUUGCAUUUUAGAUCCUUAUUUGGGAGCUUAUUCUAGCUUAAGAUUCAUGUUCUUAUCUUGCAUGUCGGAUCCUAAAUUUUAAAUAAAGAGAAAUAAAUUCAAUUUUCUUCUUCAAACCAUUAAAUACUCUGAUCCCAAUAACUCUUGCCCUAUAAAAACACAUAUCUAUAAGGAAAAGUAUAUAAAAAAUUAUUAAGGAUUCUUUUUUUGCCAUGUCCAAAGAAAUAUUCAGCUCAAUGUGCUGGUGGCGAGAAGAAGGUGGUAGUGGUGUUGAUGAGAAUGGUGUUGACGAUAACAAUGGGACACCCAAAAAGACUUUCGGUUUAAUAUAGUUCCAUUUAUUUUGGGUGAGAGAAGAUGAAAAGAAUGAAAGGUGGAGAAAGAGAAUACGUGGAAAGGGAUGGGUGAGAAAGGAAGAAGAAAAUAAAUGUGAGUUGGAAAGUUGUUUGAAGAGGAUAAAUGAACAUAUCUUUAGGUCUUGUUGGUUUUAAGACUCUUGACUUUUUCUAAAGGGUUUGGAUGCAUAACAUUUUAGUUUUUGCUCUAUACAAGCAAUUUUCCCAAUAAUUAAAUAAGUACCACUACCUUUACCCUAAAAAUAGUAAAAUGCAGGCCACCUCGCAUGCCUGCGGCCCUUAUGACUCAUUUUCCUUUUAACCAAAACUAAUGUUGAGAGUAAACAAUCAACUCAUGGAACUCAAAGUAUAAAAUGUUGCAUCCUCAGUUUUCCAUUUUUGUCAAAACGGUAUAAUAUCAUGCUACCAAGUCUAGUAAUAAUUGCAAGAAUUCCUCAAAAAAAGGGUUAUUACGAUAUUAGCCAAAAAAGGGUUAUUAUGAUAUUAGCCCCCAAAUCUUCAACAUUUUGAUAUUAGACCCCUCAUUAAAAUUGAGCUUAAGCCCCUUAAAAUCUUUAAUAUUUGAUAUUUGCCCCCCCAACCAAAUCCUUAAAAUUGAUCUCAAGUCCCAUAAAUCCAAUUAGGAUGUUGAAAUAAGCUCACUGUAGUAAAAAUUUGAUUGAAAUUGAGGAAUUUUUAUAUACUUUAAUUUUUUUGGUGAUUUGUUUGUUAUACUCCUUUCAUACAAGUCCAAGCUCAUUAACCAAUUUAACUGACAUACCCAUUAAGCUUCCCAAAUCUGUUUAAUAAAAUCUAAUUUGCACUUCAUCUUCUCCACUGUCUUCUCGAAAGACUUUUUUUAGCUAUAAUCCCAAAUUUACAUCGAAUAUAUUCCCAUUAGAAGACAUUGGAGAAUCACUGGAGAAGAUAAAGUGAAAAAUGGGUUUACAUUAGGGUAUUUAUUAAUAGGAUAUGGGGAGCUCAGUGGGUACGAUGAGCAGAGUUUAACUAGAACAUCACCAAAAAAGUUAAAUUAAAUAGAGUACUUCCCCCAUUUUAACAAGAUUUCAACUAGGGAGGUGAUAUGACAAAGCCCAGGAAUAGACUGAUAUAUUAAUCACAUGAAAGCAUGAAAAAUAUUGGGAAAAUAAAAACAUAUGGAUAUACGUGGUUCGGCUUGUAGCCUACGCCCACAGGCGAAGGAAGAAAAUAGCUUUACUAAAUUGUAAGGAACAGAAUAUGGAGAUCGUUCAAUCACUUAAUCCCUAACACAUCUUGAUAAUCUCUAUACAAUCUCUCUCAAACAAAGGAACAAAAGAGAGCCCAUAAUUACCAACCAAGAGUUGAUCAAAAACCUCCUUGACCAGAUGUGGUUUUGCUACAGAUUACCAAAAAUACUAAAAAAACCAACAGCGCCUAGGGUUACCUCCUCUCUCUCAGCUUUCAUUUUUUUUUCACCCUUUCUCCUUCGCUCCUGGCUGCGCCUCAAGUUUUCAUUUUUUUGGACACUUGCCCCUCUUCUCCUGGCUGCCCCUCAAGAGUCGGAAAAGAAGAAAAAUCGGCGCCUCCGUCUCCGUCGUUUGCUUCGCUUCAAGUCGGAGACGAAAACACCGGCGACUCCAUCGUUUGCUUGAGGGUAGAUCUGCUCGAGGAAAGGAUUUGGUCGAGGGAUGGAGAAUCAAAAUGGCUCAUUUCGUCCGAAAUUUUAUUCUCAAAAUAGAGAUAGUCAAGAGAGUCAAGAGAGUAGAAAUUCAAAUGCAGCACUUCAUGAUAAUAGCCCUACAGGAAGAAUGCUCCAAAUUCCAUUCUCAUAUGGUUCUUUCCAAACUCCAACAUCUGGAUAUGGUUCUUUCCAAAAUCCUAUGUCAGGUAUGAUGCCUCCUCCUUAUGCUUGUGGACCAUGGAUGCAAUUUUUAAAUGGUACACCAAUGCCACAAAUGAGAUCACAAAGUUCACCCAUGAGUGGAACGCCAAGAUCAUUAUCAUUUGAAAUCCCCUCAUCGGAAGCUAGUGGCGGGUCUAAGAGGGUAGCUCGUGAACAAGAUGAGGAAGUUUCGUCACCUUCAAAAAAACUUAAUCAAACUGUGAAAGUGAAGAAAGCUGGAAACAUCAUGUGGGAUGAUGAGCUUGAUGAUUUCCUCAUUCCUUUCUUGGCCAAUGAAGCUAGGAAUGGUGGAAAGUGUGACAAGAGUAUGCGAAAAUGUGGGAAGAAUCGUUAUCUAGACAUGCGAAAAUGUCAUGAAAUCAGUGGCGCCGGUUGGGAUGAAGAAACAAAAACAAUAACACUUGAUCCAAGUGUUUAUAGCACAUGGGCAAGGGGCUUGACGAAGAUGUCUGGAAACCCAUCACGGAGCAGAUCACGUAGAAUUAUACAGCGCGGGGACCUACAUCGUCAAGUGAGAGAGCGUAGGAGAGAUCUUGAAUCUACUCAUGUUGCUACAUCUGUACCUAGCAUUGGAGAGUUUACUCCAGUCAGAGAUGUAGAUGCAAAUCGACAAACGCCUACAGACCUAAAUGAUUUACAGACGACCCCCUUUCGCAUUCCAUACCUUCUGGACAAUCAUCAGCUGCAUCUACAUCUGCACCGACAUGUGUUCCAAAACACUCUUUUAAUCUUCGUCCUAGUCGUUCUCGGAAACAUGCGGAGCGACAAGGCGAUGGAGUGCAAUCGCGAUCCUCUGUUCCCACUCGAGGCCCCAAUACUUCCCAUAAGCUUAAGCCCGAUGCUGAAAAAGGUGAGAAGGUAUGGCCUCUGUUCCUCAAUAAUAGGGGUCGCCCCAUUGGUGAUUAUGCUGAGAAAUGGGGAAAGUAUGUGGGGACGGAGAGUCGUGUGUACUGCAAAUAUCCUCUCCAUUUAGAAUGGGGUGAUGAACAUAAUAGGUCAUUUGACGAGUUCUUUAUAAGAUGCCAGAAGGAUUAUGAGUUUCUCCCUGUGGAUCCUAAUCAGCCUCUCUCCCAUCAUAUUAUUUAUCGAGGAAUGAAGUCUCAGCUACAGGAGAGGGUUCGCUAUAAUAGGUGUCAGGUAAAACAUGAGUGUUUUGAGGUGUGG